CAGAAAUGUCUUUCCUGCAGGAUCCAAGUUUCUUCACCGUGGGGAUGUGGUCCGUUGGCGCGGGGGCUCUGGGGGCUGCUGCCUUGGCUCUGCUCCUGGCCAACACAGACGUGUUCCUGCCUGAGUCCCAGGAAGCAGCGCUGGAGUAUCUGGAGGAUGUAGACCUGAAGACACUGGAGAAGGAACCAAGGACUUUCAAAGCAAAGGAGCUCUGGGAAAAAAAUGGAGCUGUGAUUAUGGCUGUGCGGAGGCCAGGCUGUUUCCUCUGUCGAGAGGAGGCUGCGGGCCUGUCCUCCCUGAAGCCCAAGCUGGACGAGUUGGGUGUCCCCCUCUAUGCAGUAGUGAAGGAGCAGAUCGGGACUGAAGUGAAGGACUUCCAGCCUUAUUUCAAAGGAGAAAUCUUCCUGGAUGAGAAGAAAAAAUUCUACGGUCCCCAGAGGCGGAAGAUGAUGUUUAUGGGAUUUGUCCGCCUGGGUGUCUGGUACAACUUCUUCCGGGCCUGGAACGGAGGCUUCUCUGGAAACCUGGAAGGCGAAGGCUUCAUCCUUGGGGGAGUUUUUGUGGUGGGGUCAGGAAAGCAGGGCAUUCUUCUUGAGCACCGAGAAAAAGAAUUUGGAGACAAAGUAAACCCAGUUUCUGUUCUGGAAGCUGCUGGAAAGAUCAAGCCACAGACUUCGGCCUCAGAGAAAAUAUGAUUGUGUGAAACUUUCCAGCUCAGGAAUAACCAGGGGCACUCACGUGUGUUCCUGGGAUGUGUUCUCUCUCUACUCAUGUCCCUAAAGAGUUAGAAACCCACUUACGCCAUAUUCCCAGUAUAGAUCAUUAACGUAUUUUAAUAUCGUACUCUAUUUAGGCCCAAUAAGGCACAGUAGCCCCCAAACAAGACUGAUAAAAUCUAAGAAACUAAUGAGAGUUAUUUCAGCUAAAAUUUGGAAACUAUGAGGCUUAAAGUUAACUGCUGCACCUUAUUGCAAACAUCGUAUUUGAGUGCUGUUAUUUGAAAUGAUUUUUAUUUUCAUGUCUUCAGAAAUCUAAGAAAAGUUGGUGAUUGACUUGAAGAUUAAGGAUAUAAGGUUUCUGGUUUGUGUUUUCUAUUAAUGGCUUGUUAUAUAAUGUUAAAGUAAUACUCAUAAAAGAAUUGAUGUGCUCCGGAGGGCUUGAUAAAGGUGAAAUAUAAACUGAAAUCUAUUUUUUGAUUGUCUUCCAUUCUAACCUCAUAAACCUCAUUGUUUUUUUAGAAGAAAUGAUCAUCUCUGGAUCUGAUAAAAUGAUGCAUCAGAAUUUUUCUGUAAUACAAUUUUUUUCUGAUAAAACUAACAAUAAAAAUAUUUACCAUAA